GAGCGAAUAAUUGCUCACUUGGCGGACGGUCUUCUUCUUCUUGAAAGUGCACGCAGAGACAGAAAGAGGCCCCAAAAUCUCAGAUUCUGCUAGGGCAAAAUAGGAGCGAACUUUACAAUUUCUCUGAAAAUGCUCAGGGGAAGAGAAAGCUUGACUCGAUUGGUCGGAAAACGCAGGCGAUUCCUUCCCAACCGCGAAACUCUUCUCUCUCCUUCUCCGAUCCAGAGUUCGUUGAAUCUGCGUACUGAUGAAGAUGGCAAAAUCGUGUCGACGAAGAGUUCGGAAGGAUCUGCAAUGGCGGUUUGUGGUGAAAAGGAUAAAGUUGAGAGUUUUGGAGGUAGAGAAGAGCAUUCUGAUAUGAGUGAGAAGGUAACUUGUCCCGUUUGUGGCAAUAAAGUGAGAGGGAAUAACUUCACAAUCAAUUCUCAUCUAGAUAUGUGUCUAUCAAGAGGAACCAAAAGGAAAUUGACUCAGCGAACGCUUCUUCAAAUGAACUUCUGCUUACCAGAGAAAGUUCAAAUUCAUUCCUCCAAGAGAGCACAGUCAAGGAGUAACUUGUUGCUUAUCACCGGUGAUGGAAGGACUGUGGGGAAUGUUGUUCAUGGAUUGCCUGAUUUUGAUUGUUUUGAAGAAAGUGACAGUACUAGUAACAUGUCUAAGUCAGUAUUAAAUUUAAAGUCUGCUUUGCACGAAGAUGGUUUAUCUAAGAGCUCAAUCUGUGAUGACAAUACAGAUGAGAAUAUUGUUACACAUUUUUUGUCCGAGAAUAAUGAGGUGCCUGAUGAUGGCAUGGCAAUAACGUUGGAUGACGUAUCUGGUGUAAUUCUAGAGACUUUUAUUGUUGGUCGCAAGUUUAGUGAUGCAAAGGAAAUAAAUUUCGGGGAAAGAAUUUCACUCGUGAGAGACCCACAUAAUAUUAAGGAUCAUAAUGCUAUCAAGAUUAUUUCUGUUGAUUCCAGCGAACCUAAAGUGCUUGGUUUUCUCCCUUGUGUAUUAGCUCAAUAUCUAUCUCCGCUAAUUGAGAAGUACUUCCUAAGGUUUGAGGGACAGGUCACUUUGGUUCCAAAAAAUUCCCUUGAUGUUGUUCCGGUUCAGAUUUUUUGUCAGAAGGCUGUAUCAGAUGAAAAUAAAGAGAAUGACAACCUUGAGGUUUUCAGAUACUUAUGGAGAAAUGCUCAGCAAGUAACUGAAUCCACAAAGAAUUGUCGAACUAGUUCGACAAAAUAUCAACAAAACUUUAGUAUUCUGAUAGGAGAAUUUUCAAGAAGUAACCUUCACCUCUUAAUAGAUGGCGAACAACAAUUUUUAGAAUUAUUCAAUUCCUUGUCAGAUGACAGUCAGAGGCUUUUUGUACGUCUUUAUACACGAAAAGGGCCAUGGUUUCGGAUGUCAAAUAUUUUCUACUCAGAAAUAUUGGAUCCUCAAAAAGCAAUGAAAGAGCUCUCUGCAAUAGGUUAUAUACGUUCCUUUGAUGAUGAAAGUGAAUUGCACAACGAUGAUGUGAAUGACAUUUUGAACUUGCUCACUGUAUCUGAACUUCGUGAAAUUAUAUGCAUACUUAAGCAGAGAUGCAAGUGUGGGACGAGAAAGCAGGAACUUAUUGCAUCUCUUCUUUCCUCGUAUAAAGAUGGAUUAUGUCCACCAUUAGCAAUUAUGGUUUUGAAGAGAACAGGUGCCUGUCUCAGAAUAUCUUCCAAAGCUGAAUCUCUUUUCUGGCGUGCUGAGAGGCUUUUCUUUCUAAAUGGAGAGCAGGAUCUGUCAUCGUUUCUAUUAGCUGACUUUGGCAUUGUCAAGUACCCAACUUACAACUGCAUAAUCACAGAACCAAUCUUCUCAGAUCGAAAUGAUCUGCUUGCUUAUGAAGAGGCCAUUGAAGUUGCACAAAUGAUUGAUGAAGCUCUUGAUGGAAACGACAGUGAAUUGGUGUUAAGAUGCAUAAAGAUAGCUGAAGUUCGCAUUACCAGUGCAUCUGAAGAAACAAUGGAAACUUCAACUUCUGAAUCAUUGUUUACCUUUCGUUCUUGUUUUUCCGCAUCAUGGGUCUACUCUAAAGUCCUUACGUUAGGAGUUUCCUUUCUUGAGCGUGAGCGUAGGUAUGAUGAAGCAAUAUAUCUACUGAAGCGGCUGCUAGAGUGCUUUAGUUGUGGUCGUAGAAGAGGAUAUUGGAUCCUGAGAUUGUCAGUUGAUUUAGAGCACGUGGGAUAUCCUGAUGAGAGUCUUUCAGUUGCUGAAAGUGGACUAUUGGAUAUCUGGGUGCGUGCUGGCUCAAGGAUGGCCUUGCAGAGGCGGGUCCUUAGGUUGGGGAAACCACCAAGAAGGUGGAAAAUUCCUAGUUUUGCGACUUUGGCCAAGAGGAAGAUUAAUGAGGUUCAUGUUCGAGGAAGACCUUUGAAUUCUGUGAUUGGUAUGAAGAGCAGGUUCUAUGGAGAAGAUGGUGAACAAUGUGGGGUGGAGCAGCUUGCUCUCCAGUAUUACGCUGGUAAAGGAGGUGGAUGGCAGGGUGUUCAUACAGAGAGUGGCAUUUGGUUGACUAUUUUUGGACUACUUAUGUGGGAUGUCAUGUUUUCUGAUGUACCAAAUGUUUUUCGUACGAGAUUUCAGACUGCACCAUUGGACUUGGAGACUGAUAGCUUUUAUCUAGCAAGAAAGAGCAGUAUAGAGUCUCACCUGCAGAAGAUUCAUGACGGCAUGGCUGAGGAGAUUGUCAUCACGUCAUGGGAAUCACAUACGAGAACAGCUUGCAGGGGAGUUAACUGGAAUCAGCAUACCCUAUUUGAGCUCCGUGCGGCUGUUGCCUGCAUCGGUGGCCCAUGUUUGGCCUUAUUCUGUCGACAUCUUGCACAAGAUUAUCGAAGCUGGUCGAGUGGAAUGCCAGAUUUGCUGCUAUGGCGAUUUGAUGGAGAAUUUGAAGCUGAAGCCAAGCUUGUUGAGGUUAAAGGCCCCAGGGAUCAACUAUCCGAACAACAACGAGCAUGGCUACUACUUCUAAUGGAUUGUGGUUUUAAUACGGAGGUUUGUAAAGUGAGCCCUGAGCCAGCUUCUUGAUCCGCUCUGGCAUUGGCCUAUAAAGUGUUUUUCGACUAGAAAAACAUGUUGUGGAGCAUGUGGUUUGAUUCAAUGGAUUGUCCAAUGGAUGUUUCCAUUCUAACACUUGCGACAAACCUCAAACAUGGCUCACGAUCCGUUACGAACUUCACAAUGCUCCAAGGCAGGGUAGGCUUAAUGUGAGAUGGAUGCCAAUGAUGUCAAAGGUACAGUGGACUGCACAGCCAAUAUUGCACUUAUUAAAUACAUUCUUCUACUAUGAUGUUACACUAUUGGUAAAGAGAAUGCAAGUGGUGGCAUGUUGAAACAAUCCCAACAAAUUGUGGGGAUUAUGUCAUACAAUUUGCCAAACAUUGUUCUUCUGUAUGUACGAGUGCAAGUUUAUUUUGCAUUCAAAUGGUGUUACGGAAAAUACCUUUGUUACUAAAAAUUUUAAAGAUCAUUACUGGGUUUUAUUACAAUUAUCACAAUAUCAUAAAUAUUGCUCUAGUAA